GUCAUGAGCAGCCUCAUCUCGUCCCUGGCAUGGGUGAAGCGAGGAGCUGCUGCAAGGCACCCGAAAAAAUAUGUGCUCGAUGAUCGUGAACUCGAGCGCGUGAGCGCACUCGCCAGGAUUGAGCUUGAAGAUGCCAAGACAGAACUAGCGAGGGCGCAUGAGGCGGCAAAGUCCAUGGGCAAAGGCGCGGAGGGCACCGAGGCCGAUGAUACGGGCGAGGAAGAGGAUGACGAGGAUGCAUGGGUCGAUGAAGAUGAUGAUGCAAUGGACCAGGAUGACCCUGCACCAAAACCGAAGGAUGAUCUUUCACAGUACAAUCUGGACGAAUACGAUGACGAUGGGCCAACCGCAGAUCUUGGCCCUUUCAGCAACAUCAAGGGCUUACAAUAUUAUCGGGACAAUCAAGAAGAUCCGUAUAUAACGCUCAAAGAAGAAGAGGAAGACAACGAGCGCGAAGAGCUCGAAGUAUACCCUACCGACAACCUCCUAGUCACCGCCAAAACCGAAGAAGAGGUCUCGCAACUCGAGAUCUACGUCUACGAUGACUCCUCCGAGAACCUCUACGUCCACCACGACCUUAUGCUCCCCAACUUUCCCCUCUGCCUCGAAUGGCUCGAUUUCCCUCCAACGACUUCCUCCUCGUCUGCCGCCGAAGCGUCUCCCCUGGCCGGCUUCGGCAACUACAUCGCAGUGGGCACGCUCGACCCGGAGAUCGAGGUGUGGAGUCUGGACGUCGUCAACCCCGUCUACCCAGACGCCGUCCUCGGCCGACCGGACAUCUCGAACGCGCACGUCCCAACUCCUCUUGGCACGGGCAAGAAGAAGAAGAAGAAGACUAAGCACAGGCCGGUAGCCAGCGGGUGGCACGUCGACGCCGUACUCGGGCUGAGCUGGAAUCGGACGCACCGCAACCUGCUCGCAAGCGCGUCGGCGGAUCGCACCGUCAAGUUAUGGGAUCUAUCGCGGUGCAGCCCGGGGAGGGGUGGCGACGAGAACAUGGAGGACGGCGAGGCAAGCAGCGGGGGCGCCAUCAGGAGCUUUGAGGUGCACAAGGAUAAGGUGCAGGCCGUGCAGUGGAACGAGCGCGAACCGACGGUGCUGCUGACGGGGUCGUACGACCGCACGGUGCGCACAUUCGAUUCGCGUGCGCCAGACGCGGGAGUGGGUGCUGUUGUCGGGGCGGAUGUGGAAGCGCUGAGGUGGGAUCCGUGGGAGGCCCAUUCAUUCUAUGUGUCACUGGAAAAUGGCAUGGUCCUCAACUUUGACGCGCGCACGCUGCCGAGCGACCUUUCUUCCGCACCGUCCUCCGCUCGCUUCAUGCUGCAGGCGCACGACGGCGCAGCUUCUGCUAUUGACGUGAACCCACACAUCCGGGGAUGCAUCGUUACCGGUGGCACGGACAAGAUGGUGAAGGUUUGGAACGUCACCGAAGGCGAGAAGAUGAGCGUCAGCCUCGUCACUUCGCGCGAUCUCGGCGUCGGCAAAGUGUUCGCCGCAUCGUUCUCGCCCGAUGACCCGCUCACGCUCGCCGCCGCGGGCUCGAAGGCGAAGCUGCAGAUCUGGGAUGUAGGCGCGAACUUUGGUGUACGCAAAACGUUCGCGCAAAAGCUGAAGCAGGCCGGCAAGGAGUUGAAGGAGAGAGAGAAGAGCAGCGGAGGCGUCGUGGGCGUGGAAGACGAUGAUGAAGGGAGUGAGAGGGGUGGCGGAGUGGACGAAGAUUGAGGGCACGUUCAUGUCUUCGCAAUCGCUGUACCCGUCCAUGUUCACAUGCGCUGUCUGGGAAUGGGCCUUGGCGCGAUAUAUGUACCCCGAGCCAACGUUCAGAUUUAGAUGACCGGGCCCUCAAUGUGAUAAU